AUGUCCCCCUCAGCUAUCUCUAUUGCCAAAUCUUAUAGCAUUGCUUCAAUUCCAGCGGAUGGGAUUGGCCCAGAGGUUGUGAAGGCCGCAAUUGCAGUCCUGAAAGCUCUCUCGGAAACUCUAGGGACCUUUGACAUUGAGUUCAAACAUUAUGACUGGAGUUCAGAAACAUAUAAGAAGACCGGGAAGUACAUUCCCGAUGGCGGGCUUGAAAGCCUGAGGAAGCAUGAUGCCAUCCUAUUCGGCGCCGUUGGCGCUCCUGACGUCCCCGAUCAUAUCUCGCUGUGGGGUUUGAGACUAGCAAUCUGCCAACCUUUUCAGCAGUACGCAAAUGUUCGGCCCACCAAGGUGUUCCGUGGGACACAAUCGCCACUACGCAAUUGCAAGACGGGAGACCUUGACUGGGUAAUUGUUCGAGAGAACAGCGAAGGCGAGUACGCAGGUCAGGGCGGCCGGUCCCACCGUGGCCAGGCAUGGGAGACGGCAACUGAGGUGGCGAUGUUCACACGCCACGCUGUUGAGCGGAUCAUGCGCUUUGCAUUCCAGACUGCCCAAAGCCGCCCACGCAAGCUUUUGACCGUUGUCACCAAGAGUAAUGCCCAGCGGAACGGCAUGGUGCUGUGGGACGAAGUUGCUGCUGAGGUGGCCGAAGAGUUUCCAGACGUCACCACUGAUAAGAUGCUCGUCGACGCCAUGACCUGCCGCAUGGUGCUAAAACCCGAAUCGCUCGACACAAUUGUGGCUACGAAUCUCCAGGCCGAUAUCCUCAGUGAUCUCGCAGCGGCGCUGGCCGGAUCUAUUGGCAUUGCUCCCACCUCCAAUUUGGAUCCAAGUAGACAGAACCCCAGCAUGUUCGAACCGAUCCACGGAUCCGCAUUUGACAUUACUGGGAAAGGUGUGGCGAACCCAGUAGCAACCUUCUGGACGAGCUCAGAAAUGCUUGCAUGGCUUGGUGAAGAGGAUGCAAGCAAAAAACUCCUGGAUGCUGUUGAACGCGUAUGUGAAAAGGGUAUCGUUACCGCGGAUUUGGGUGGUGUAGCUAAGACGGAGGAUGUGACUAAUGCUGUCAUCGAAGAGAUUAAGGAGUCUUAUGGCAAUACGAGCAAGUAG